CUCGCUCUUCUUUUUCUUGCUACAUAAAUACACCCGAAAAAAGGAAAUUCGAAACCACCUAUUCAGAAUCUUGCAUCUUGGUCUGCAAAGUAUCAUGCCAGAACCGAGUUUCUUUGUUGGAGUGAUAGGGUGUUAAUUUCGUAAAUGCCUUUUCUUUGUUUGCUGCAGGUAACAUCAUCUCAAUUCUCAUGUUUCUUUCUCCUGUACCCACGUUUUGGCGAAUAAUGAAGCACAAAUCUACCGAAGAUUUCUCCAGCAUUCCUUACAUUUGCACAUUGCUUAAUUGUUCUCUUUGGACUUACUAUGGAAUCAUAAAGGCUGGAGAAUACCUCGUGGCCACUGUUAAUGGCUUUGGCAUCGUGGUGCAGACAAUCUACAUUAUUCUAUUUCUUAUAUAUGCUCCAAAAGGGAUAAGGGCCAAGACUUCAAUUCUCUUCGGGAUUGUGGAUGUGGGAAUCUUGGCAGUAGCAGUGAUUGUUACUCAGUUAACAUUGCACGCAGAGGCUCGUAGUGGUGCUGUCGGUAUUAUGGGUGCAGGCUUAAACAUUGUUAUGUAUUCUUCACCUCUUUCUAUCAUGAAAACAGUGGUGACAACAAAGAGUGUGGAGUAUAUGCCAUUCUUCCUUUCGUUUUUCUUCUUUGUAAACGGUGGCGUUUGGCUGUUGUACGCUGUUCUUGUUCGUGAUGUUAUCCUUGCGGUACCAAACGGUAGUGGAUUUUUACUGGGAGCAAUGCAACUGGGGCUGUAUGGGAUCUACAGAAAAGGAAAGCAUAUCUCAAAUAUUGGAUUGGAAGAAGGAUUGCAACAUCAGCAUCUCAUCUCACAGUCAAAUCAUGAGAGGCUAGCCAGACCCAUCUAGUUUGUCUUUUUAAGUGUUAAAGCUUAUAUAUGUGGACCUAAAAAAAGCUACAUAUUGCUCCACCAUUAAUGUCUCAGCUCCUUUGCCACAUUAUUGCUUGAUAUUUUCAACAAAGAAAAAUAAUUAAGUGUUUCAAAUAUUCAUCAGACUUGUUCUUCGU